AUGCAUUUUGUACAUGCAUAAUGCACUGCGACGCCAUAUUGUUUACCAAUUGUUUUGCUUUUGAUUUUUGCUGUGCAUCUGAAACAAAAACUCAAUGAAAUAAAUGUGACUUGUAUUUUUAACAAUGGAGACUUAUUUCAAGUCUGAAGAAGAGUAUAAAUCUGAACCAGAGCCUGAGAAAACAAUAUGCAGGUCUUGUCUGACGACCGACAAGCGAAUGUUCAAUAUUUCGCUGUUCGCUACACAUUUUCGGGAUUUAGCAGGAUUGAAUGUGUCUGACUCAGAUGGGCUCCCGCCAUGGCUGUGCCACGAGUGUGCUGCGCUGCUGCAGAAGGCGGUCCGCUUCAAACAGAAGCUGCUCAAAGCCAAUUCUAUGCUCUGUGACUAUCUCAUGAGAUGUGCUCCUUUUCCCAUCGACGCCCAAGACCCGGAAUUGAGCAAGUACUCAACACCGAACCUGAAGGAAACCAAUACUCUUGCCUUUGAAAACAGCGGUAAGAAGCUUGGCUACUACAAAACGUUGGAGCAUGAGAAAAGGCCGGUAGAAUCUGCUCUCCACACUAUAGACCUGUCUCCGAUAGAACCAAUACCUGCAGUGGGACCUCUCACUGUAGAAAUCCUCAAGGAGGAGUUUGACUCCUUCGACGAUUAUGAAGAUAACAUUACAUUGGAGGAGUUCAGGAGUUCAGCGAUACCAGCAGCGGGACCUCCCCCUGUAGAACUCCUCAAGGAGGAGUUUGACUUCUUCGACGAUUAUGAAGACAACAUUACAUUGGAGGAGUUCAGAAAUACAGCGGUAAAGUCUGACAACGAGAUACCUGAAGAGCCUCCGGUGAAGGAAGAAGAGGGGACCAAGAGAAAAAGGAAGGCGAAGAAGAAGGAACAGCCCAAGGCCAAGCGGAAGAAGAGCAAAGAGCCAGUGGAGGGUGAAGAGCCGAAAACCAGCAUCAGGAAGACUGUGGAACUCGACCCCACCAAGAUACGCAUCGUGAUGCUAAACCCUGAAGAACAGUUCAAACAGUAUGAGGAAGAAAGCAAAGCCAAGUUCCCGUACCAGUGCCACCUGUGCUACAAGGGAUUCAAUUUCGACACCAAACUGGAGAACCAUAUGCGGAAACACAGCCCGUCCCGAGGCCCGUUCUCGUGCUCGCUAUGCACCAUGUACUUCCCGUCGGCGUACAGCCGCACCGUGCAUGCACAUAUCCACACGCGGCGCUACGAGUGCGUAGCCUGCGGACGCCGCAUGAUCGACCGCGCCUCCAUACUGGACCAUUACAGAACGCAACACGAAGGGCUGGUGUCACACUUUACGUGCCAUCUCUGUGGAAAAGUUUCCAAUAAUAGUAAAACGCACCGCGGCCACAUGAGGAACCACCACGGCGGACAGCGGCCGGAGUGCGAGCAGUGCGGCAAGACCUUCGUCAACAAGGACUCGCUCGAGGAACACAGGCAGAUACACCAGGGCAUCAAGAACUACUCAUGCUCGGAGUGCGGCAAGCGGUUCCGGACGCGGACGCAGAUCAAACAUCACCAGCUGAAACAUACCGACGUGAAGGAGUAUUACUGCGUGGAGUGUGACGUCAGAUUCAAGUCGGCACACAGUUUACGUCAGCAUCUAGUAAAGAGUUUGAAACACAAAGAUAAACAGAGUUUGAAAUUCGCGUGCACGCGCUGCGACAAGCGGUUCGAGUGCGCGCGCACGCUGGCCGCGCACCACGCCGUGCAGCACGACGGCCUGCGCGCGCACGCCUGCGGCGUCUGCCCCGCCGCCCUCGCCUCCCGAGCCUCGCUCGCCAAGCACCGCAGACACGUGCACCAGGGCGCCAGACCGGCCAAGAGGCACGUCUGCGACGCCUGCGGGAAGGCCUUUAGAGGCAAAUCAGUGCUAAUCAACCACGUCCGCACACACACCGGGGAGAAACCAUUCUCGUGCCCCACGUGCGGCCGCAAGUUCUCGCAGAGCACCGCCAUGAGGACUCACGUGGACCUGGUGCAUCUCAAGCGGCGCCGCGGGAAGGCGAAACAGGAGCCCCCGGCCUCCGAGGAUCCGCCAAAGCUAGAUCUGUUCACCAAAGAGGAGCCCCAGAUAGUGUUCGACGCGUGGAGACCGAACAUUCCCAACUGCGAGGUCUACUUCACCGUCACCGCGGGACCUUAGACGCAAAUAAAAAUCAGGAACGUUGCGAAUAUUCGCAUCCGCAUCCGCGGAACAUUCGCAUCUGCAUCCGCAUCCGCAUAAAAUCGAUGCGGAGCAUCCGCAUGACGCGGAUGUCGAUCAAUUCGGUAACAGGAACGUAUUAGCGGCGGCGCCGGCGGCGUAAGUGCUAGGUAAUUUCGUCAUUAUAUAUAACGAAAUCAUCUAGAUUACUCUAGAUCCCGAAAAGUCAGCCAAGUUACUGUUUAUUAAAUAAAACGCACCUAUAUUCUUGCUCAAAUACUAAACGUUUCGUUUUUUUAAAUAAAAAAUGCUAAAAAUGUAAUAUUUGACGUUUUUUAAGUACCAAAUCUUGACAUUCGCAUCCGCGGAUGUGAGGCUUUAAAUAUCCGCAUCCGCGGAUGUCAAAAAAUCUGCAUCCGCAACAUCCCUGAUAAAAAUUAACCUCCUAAGGCACAGCCAUACAAAUGUGAAUACCGAAAUUUGCCUCUGACAUUUGAACCUAUAUAGUUCGUUUUUUUAGCAUUAGAAACAAGUUAAACACUACCCCUACACACUACACACACCCCUACCCCUACCCCUAUACAC